AUGGACCUGAAAUCCCUGUCCGGCAGCUCUCGAGGGGCAGUGCUCGAUCACUCCCUUGCUUCGCAAGAAGAGUUGGUGCCGACCAACUAUGAUCCAAAGUCUUGGCCGCUCGGACGCAAGUGGCUGGUCAUGGGCAUCACGAGCUGGCUUUGUCUGGUCAGCCCACUCGCCUCAUCGAUGUUCGCACCGGCAACGUCGUUGAUGAAUGCAGAAUUCCGCAAUGACGACGAGACACUGACAACGUUCACGGUGUCGUUCUUCAUAUUGGGUUAUGUGGUUGGUUCGCUCAUCGCAGCACCCCUGAGCGAGCAGUAUGGUCGCAAAGUGAUCCUAGAUAUCGCGACAGCGAUCUUCGCCAUCUGGCAACUUGCCUGUGCGCUCGCUCCGGACAUUACGUCCCUCCUCAUAUUCCGCAUCUUUGCUGGUCUCGGCGGCUCUGCAUGUCUUUCCAUUGGAGGCGGUAUUGUAUCCGACUUGUUCGACUCGAGCGAACGUGGGACUGCUACAGCAGUCUUCGCACUCGGUCCUCUGCUGGGCCCCGUCAUCGGACCUAUAAUUGGGGGCUUCCUAUCCCAGGCAGCUGGUUGGCGAUGGAUAUACUGGCUUCUGCUGAUCUUGGGAGGUCUUACACUUCUACUUCAGAUCUUCGUGAGCAGGGAGACUAAUCUGCGCAUCAUAUUGGCAAGGAAACAUGCUUUCGAAGGUCGACCUCGAAGGUGGUGGCACCGUUUUGAUUGGUACCGUUCGAUUGAUAUCGAUGACGCAGGAGGCCACAAAGGCGUCAACUUGACACAGUCAAUGCUCCGGCCGUGGAAGUUCAUCUUCACUUCGCCAAUUACUGGAAUCGUCUGUCUUUAUUCAGGAUUCGUUUAUGGACUCCUCUACUUGCUUCUGACGACUAUAACGAAUGUCUUCCGACAGAACUACCACUGGAGUAUCGGAAUCUCCGGUCUUUCCUACAUUGGUAUCGGCAUAGGCUUCAUGCUCGGUGUAGUCCUCAUUGGUGGUACCAGUGACAGGGUCAUGGCAAAGCACACAAAAUUGAACAACAACGUCGCCGUGCCGGAGGUCAGGUUGAAGAUAUGCGUAUACUUCUCGUUUCUGAUUCCCAUAUCCUUCUUUUGGUAUGGGUGGUCGGCCAACGAGCAUGCGUUUUGGCUAGCACCGAUCACUGGUCUUGUGUGUUUCGGACUGGGCAUGAUCGGCAUAUUUCUCCCCGUCCAAACCUACAUGAUCGACGCCUUCCCGGAAUACGCAGCGUCCUCCACCGCCGCGUUGGCAUCGUCGAGGAAUGUAGCGGGCACCUUUCUUCCUCUUGCAGGUCCUUACCUGUAUAAAGCUAUCGGACUUGGAUGGGGAAACACCCUACUGGGUUUCAUCGCCUUGAUACUCAUUCCUGCCCCUUACCUCAUUGCGAAGUAG